AUGAGCACCCGUAAGCUUUCAACCUCGGAAGUCCGUACACACAAUACAGACACCGAUUGCUGGAUCAUUCUGAACGGCGUGGUAUGGGAUAUCAGCGGAUUUGCCAUUAAGCACCCCGGAGGCCGCGAGGCCAUCGAAGAGCAUUUCGGACAAGAUGGGAGUCACGUCUACAACGACAUUCACAGUCCGGGCCUGGUAGAGAAUUAUUUUGGGUCAGCGAGGAGAAUAGGUUUCCUGGAGGACGCAAAGUCCCAGACGAGCGAUAGGAGCCCCAACAACGACAACAGAGAAGAGAAGACGGAUUCAAAGCCAGACCUCGAUUCCAUCAUCAGCAUUUACGAGUUCGAAGAGGUGGCCCAGACAGCACUGAAACCAAAGUCCUGGGCCUACAUCUCCGGCUCAACCGAAAAUGGGUUCACUAAGAAUGCGAAUGCGGACUGGUACCAACGCAUCUGGUUUCGGCCGAGGGUAUUGACAGGUGUGGGGACGGUGGACGUGAGCACGACGAUUCUAGGGCAGAAGUGUGCCUCGCCCAUUCUCAAUGCGCCGACCUCGUCGGUCAAGCUGGCCCACCCGGACGGGGAGUUGGCAUGGGCGAGAGCGUUGUCGGCGUGUGGGAACCCGAUGAUCAUCCCGACCAUGUCGUCUUAUUCAGUCCAAGAGAUCGUCGGAGCCCUGCCGAAUGGCCAUCCGUUCUUCUUCCAACUCUAUGUCCACAGUGACCGGUCGGAAUUGGAAAAACUUCUCACGGAAGUCUGCAAAGUGCGUCCCCAGGCGAUUUUGGUCACGGUGGAUUUACCUGUGAUGACGAAGCGUGAAGGCUAUGUGAAAUACCUGGUCCGACAUGGAGAAAGGAAGGCGACGAAACCAGCGCCCACGACGGCGCCCGUGAAGCCCGUGUACGAGGCAAUUGAUCCCGACCUGACGUGGAGGGAUAUAAAAUAUAUCCAAGAGCGCACAGGGUUGCCGGUCUUUGUGAAGGGAAUUCAGUGUGCCGCAGAUGCCCGACGAAGUUAUGAGCUGGGUUGUGCUGGGAUAUACAUUUCCAACCACGGCGGACGCGCGUUGGACACGGCGCCACCUUCGAUCCUGACUCUCUUGGAAAUCCAAGCUAGCUGUCCGGAAAUCCUAGAUCACAUGGAGAUUUUCAUUGACGGGGGCAUUCAGCGGGGCACCGAUAUCUUGAAAGCGAUCUGCUUAGGUGCCAGUGCUGUCUGUCUCGGGAGAACAUUUCUCUAUUCGUUGGCAUAUGGAGAAGAUGGUGUCAAGCAUGCCAUCAGAAUCCUCGAGACCGAGCUCAAAGUCGCCAUGCAACUGGUGGGCAUCACGAGUCUGGAACAGGCACAUCCAGGUCUUUUGAAUACGACGGAGCUUGAUACAUACAUUCAUCGAGGAGAUGAUCAUCCGUGGGCACGAAAGGUUCGACGAUCCAAGUUAUAA